CUUUUGGUUGUGACUUGUAACGGUUUUCUCGAAGCUAUUCGGUUGUAUUUGUCUCGACAUUUAACGUUUUUUUAAAACCUCUGGAUUAUAAACAUGGUUGCCCUAAAGAUCUUUGUUCUCCUUGCUACCCUUUGUGCUAUGGCCUACAGUGCACCACAACCAGGAUUUCUGGGAAAACAUGAACACCAUAUCGUUCAUGUGCCAUACAAAGUACACACUGUCCAUCAUCACCACGUGCAAAAGGUUCCAGUUAUCAAGGAGAUCAUAAAGGAAGUUCCUGUUAUUAAACAUGUGCCAAUUUACAAAGAAGUUCAUGUUCCAAUUUACAAGGAAGUCCAUGUUCCGGUUCAUGUUGAGGAACAUCAUAAAGAAUCUUGGGCACCAUCAUCAUCUGGCUGGUAUUAAAUAAAAACGACAUAGAAGAACUAACUAACGAAUUUAUUUAGAACACAAAUUGUA